GCUCCGCGUUAAGGAAAUCUUCUGAUUUUUUAGGACACCGGCCAGGCGGAAGUGGACGCCGAGAGAUCGCCGGACGAGGUCGUCUACGGCGUCGCGUCCGACAUCCUAUCGAGAUUGCCGCAGGACUACGAUCUCGCGGUCGCCCUUGACAGGUAUCCCACGCUGUACGAGCAGAGCAUGAAUACCGUGCUGGUUCAGGAGAUGGGCAGAUUCAACAGACUCCUGCAGACCAUCCGUAGCAGCCUCGUGAACAUCCAGAAGGCAAUCAAGGGCCUGGUGAUAAUGAGUCCCGACCUCGAAGAGGUCUACUCGUCGAUCAUCAUCGGCAGGAUACCCAAAAUGUGGAUGACGGAUUCUUACCCUUCUCUGAAGCCGCUCGGCAGUUACAUACACGAUUUUCUGAAGAGGCUGAACUUUCUCCAGGCUUGGUAUACGGAAGGACCUCCCACAUCUUUCUGGAUUUCCGGUUUCUACUUCACACAAGCGUUCCUCACCGGUGCCCGUCAGAAUUACGCACGAAAGUAUUCCAUUCCCAUCGAUUUAUUGAUCUACGACUUCGUCCCUCUGAAGGACACUGUUUUCGAAAAGCCGCCGGUCGACGGGGUAUACAUUUACGGGCUAUUUCUCGACGGAGCUCGCUUCAACCUGAGCACAAUGAAGCUCGACGAAUCCUUCCCGAAGAUCCUUUACGAUACCGUGCCUUACGUAAGUGUCAACACAAAACGAAGUUCAAUCUCUUCAAACUAAAUUUGAUGUUUUUCCGAGU